GACCUAUUUUGUGCAACUCCGUUCCGCCGUCCUGACCGCUACUCAAAAUGACGGAUUUGAAACCAAAAGAAAUCGAAGAUGCCGAAUUCGCCUACAACGUUUACGGCAGCAAAGGGGUGAUGGACGCUUUCUACCUACCGAAGCUCGUGCGAUGCUUGAACCUGAACCCAAGUCUGGAAACUCUGGAGAAGCUGGGCGCCACCAAAAAGGAAGGCGAGAAAGAAAUAAAAUUCGAAGACUUUCUGCCAAUAUUCAGCCAGCUGAAGAAGGAGAAGAAGGACCAAGGCUGCUACGAGGAUUUCAUUGAGUGCUUGAAGCUGUACGACAAACGAGAGGAUGGAACUAUGCUUUCAGGAGAAUUGUACCACUCGUUAUCGUCCCUAGGUGAAAAACUGGCAGAAGAAGACAUAGACGAACUGAUGACCGAUUGUCUUGAUGAGGAGAAUGAUGAAGGUGAAAUUGAAUACACCCCUUUUUUGAGAAGAAUGUGUGAAUUGGACCCCCCAUUGAAACCUAAGAAGGGUGCGAAAAAAUAAAUUAAACAUUGAUUGAUUGACUCUUACUAAGAUAUUAUUAAAUAAAGCAAGUUUAAGA